AAUGUGCGUGCAUGUGUGCGCAUGUCCGCUGCUGCCUGUUGUCGGUGUAUUGGAGUCGCAGACCUGGAACAUUACCGGAAACAGCAGCAGGGCUCGAGCCUCCCGGUGAGCCUCCGGUGUGUGACGGUGAACGGAGACAGAUCCCGGUGUACGUGUGUGACGGGGAAACGGACUUUUCUCUCCGGUUGUUGUCGUAGAAACAUCCGCGCUGCUCUCUGUGGAGCUGAGCUGCAGGAAGCUGCCUGAAGAUCAGAGGAGUUUUUCCCUGCAGCUCGACUGACAGGCUUGUUGUCAUGCUGUCCUCCUGGCCCCGCCCCUCCUGGCUCCUCCUAUUCCUCCUCGUCCAAUCAGCUGCGUCCACAGACGACCUUCAGGAGGUCACUCUGGCGGCAAUCUUGCCCCUGACGAACACAGAUUAUGCUUGGGCGUGGCCUCGCGUGGCACCAGCGCUCCUGCAGGCGGUACGGCGGGUGAACUCUGACCCCUGGCUGCUGCCGGGCCUUACGCUCCAGCUGGUUAACGGCAGUUCCGAGAACCGUGACGGCUUCUGCUCGGACUCUAUGGCGCCGCUAGUCGCCGUCGACCUCAAGCUUUCCCACGACCCCUGGGCGUUCAUCGGGCCGGGCUGCGACUACUCGUCCUCGCCCGUUGCCCGCUUCACCACGCACUGGGACGUUCCUAUGGUGACGGCCGGAGCUCGUGCCAUUGGCUUCCACCUCUUUGCGGCGGUCACCAACACUGGCCCCACCCACAAAAAGUUGGGUGAGUUUGGCGUGAAGAUCCAGGACACGUUUGGCUGGCGGCAGAACGCCUUGCUCAUUUAUAGCGACAACAAGGACGCGAACGACGACCGGCAGUGCUACUUCGCAGUGGAGGGGAUCUACGACCAGCUCGAGAAACUCAACGUCACCAUCCGUGACCGCGCUAUCGAUGCCGACAACUACAAGGAGGUUGUCCAUGAGAUCCGCGACAACGGCCGAGUGGUGUACCUGUGCUGCUCUUGGGACAUCCUCCGGGCCCUGAUGGUGCAGUUCUGGAAGGAGGGGGUGGAGUUGGAGGACUACGUUUUCUUCUUCAUUGAUCUUUUUGCUGAGGGUGUGGGGGGGCAGGCCCCCGUCAGACCGUGGUUCAGAGGAGAUCAGGACGACUUUGCCGCCCGCCUUGCCUUCAGGAGUGUGAAAGUGCUGACGUACCGGCAGCCUCAGAAUCCACAAUAUCUUCAGUUUAUUGAAACUCUGAAGAUCGAUGCGAAGGAAAUAUUCAACUUCACCAUCAAAGACUCUCUGUAUAACCUGAUAGCUGCAGGUUUCCAUGAUGGAGUCAUGAUGUACGCUCAGGCUCUGAACGAGACACUGAGCGAGCAGAGAUCUGGACCAGGACCAGUCCAGAGGCCCAGAGGAGACCUGGUGACCAGGAGGAUGUGGAACAGAACUUUCUCAGGAGUGACGGGCGUGGUGGAGAUGGACGAGUUCGGGGACAGACAGAUGGACUUUGCUCUGUGGGACACCAUCGAUGUGGAGUCUGGAGAGUUUCAGGUGGUGUGUGUGUAUAACAGCAGUAUGAACCAGCUAAUCAUGCAGGGUGGGCGGAGCUUCCAGUGGCCCGGGGGCUCUCCACCUGCAGACGUGCCCGAGUGCGGCUUCAAGAACGACAAACCCGCCUGCCUCGCACGUACGGUGACCAUGCAUCAGAUGAUUGCCAUAGUGAUCUGCUUCGUCUUCGUCAUCAUCGUCACCGUGACGGUCUUCAUCUACAGGAAGUUAAAGCUGGAGAGCGAGCUGGCUGCUCAGCUGUGGAGAGUUUCCUGGGACAACGUCCAGAUGAGCAACCUGGAUAAAGUCCUGAGGAGAGCCUGCAGCAGACUGACCAUGUCUCUGAAAGGAUCCAACUGCGGCUCUCUGAUGACCAUGGAGGGAAACUUCCAGAUUUACACCAAAACCGGAUACUACAAGGGCAACCUGGCAGCCAUCAAGUAUAUCAACAAGAAACGCAUCGAACUGACGAGGAAGGUUCUGUUUGAACUAAAACAUAUGCGAGAUGUUCAGAAUGAGCACCUGACCCGCUUCAUCGGCGCCUGCAUCGACCCACCAAACAUGUGCAUCAUCACAGAGUACUGUCCCAGAGGCAGUCUGCAGGACCUGAUGGAGAGCGAAAGCAUCACUCUCGACUGGAUGUUCAGAUAUUCUCUCAUCACUGAUAUCGUCAAGGGCAUGUUGUUCCUCCACAACAGCGUCAUCGUGUCCCACGGUAACCUGAAGUCGUCUAACUGCGUUGUGGACAGCCGCUUUGUCCUGAAGAUCACGGACUACGGCGUGGAGAGUCUGCGAACCGCAAGCUGCCCUGAGGACUCGCACGCUCACUACGCACGUAAACUGUGGACGGCUCCAGAGCUGCUGAGGACAGAGUCCCCCCCCCCCUGUGGGACUCAGAAAGGAGACGUUUACAGCUUCAGUGUCAUCCUGCAGGAGGUGGCUCUGCUGAGAGGAGUGUUUUACCUUGACACACACACGCUGACCCCUAAAGAGAUUGUCAUGGCGGUGCGGCAUGGCGGUGCCCCCCCCCUGCGUCCUUCGCUCUGCUUCCACAGUCACAGCGAGGAGCUGGGCGUCCUGAUGCAGCGCUGCUGGAGCGAAGAGCCAGGGGAGCGGCCCGACUUCAGCGGCAUCAAGAUCCUGCUGAGGAAGCAGCACAGGGGUUAUGGAUCAAACAUCCUGGACAACCUGUUGUCCCGUAUGGAGCAGUACGCCAACAACCUGGAGGAGCUGGUGGAGGAACGAACGCACGCGUAUCAUGAAGAGAAACGCAAAGCUGAAGCACUGCUGUACCAGAUACUACCACAUUCAGUAGCAGAGCAGUUGAAACGAGGAGAGACGGUUCAGGCCGAAGCUUUCGACUCUGUCACUAUUUACUUCAGUGACAUCAUCGGCUUCACCGCCCUGUCUGCUGAGAGCACGCCACUACAGGUGGUGACCUUGUUAAACGACCUCUACACCUGUUUCGAUGCCAUCAUCGACAACUUUGAUGUUUACAAGGUGGAGACCAUCGGUGAUGCCUACAUGGUGGUGUCCGGCCUGCCGGUGAGGAAUGGGAAGCUCCACGGGCGGGAGGUUGCCCGGAUGUCCCUCGCCCUGCUGGACGCCGUACAGAGUUUCAGCAUACGACACCGAGAAAAUCAACAACUCCUGCUACGCAUUGGCAUACACAGCGGUCCAGUGUGUGCAGGUGUGGUUGGGCUGAAGAUGCCCAGGUACUGUCUGUUUGGAGACACAGUCAACACAGCGUCACGCAUGGAGUCCAACGGAGAGGCUCUGAGGAUCCACGUGUCGGAGGCGACCUGGGAGGUUCUGCAGGAGUUCGGCUGCUUCCAGCUGCAGCUCAGAGGAGAGGUGGAGAUGAAGGGGAAGGGACGCCUGAGGACGUUCUGGCUGCUGGGGGAGGACGGGAUGCCAUGAGGGGGGGGGGCGUGGGUCUGCACGGCGAGCUCCAAGAAAGACAAAUUAUUUUAGUUUUAUGAGUGGAAAUGAAAUCUGAAUGAUACACUUAAACAAUAUGAAUACAGAAUUAACUUUGUGUUCCUAUCGUCUGUUUAUCUGCAAUCCUUCACUGACAUCACAGAACAGGUUGUUGUUGACAUUAUUCACUAUGUCGAUAUAUUUAGUUAAACAUAUUUUCAGUUUAACGUUAUGUUUGUAAAAGUCCUGUGAAAAUCUGCAGCUGUGCAGCAAAACAAAGAGAUGGUCCACAGAAUGCGUAAUUUCCACGCUUCACCUUCGUUAUUUAACCGGCUGUGCAAUGCAUUCUGGGAGCUCCGCUUUUGGCCGCUCCUCAUUUACAAAGAUUUGAGGGCUUAGCUUCUUGCGAUUUGGCGAAAAACUUUUUAAUUUACCAUCAUCGAUCUUAAAUGAAUUCAACUUAUUUGUUUAAAAUGUUUUCAGAAACACAUUUCGAUUAAAUAUUUUCUUAAUAUAACUCCAUGUUGGUCGCUUGUAUAGUGUGAACAUAUAGGUAUAGGUAGCACUCGCUGAAACACCGUUAGCUCAGUUUGGAAAUAACUGAAAGAGAUAGUUCUGAUGUUUUGAAGUGAGAUUGUAUGCACUCAUAUCCGUAGUGAUGAAAGGAGUAACAACUGAUGAGCAGCGUCGUGUUCUGAGAGGUAAAAUUAUGUUUUUGUGAAUGGAGUCUGGUGGCUUUGAAGAGAUAGCUAACAUAGCUCACGGCUUCAGCUCCCAUUAGAAGGGCUGUCUGACAGCAAGGUAAAGAAAAUGUGUAAUACGCCUAUUAGAUUAAAAACAACAUAUAAACAUAUUAUGAUCAACAAAUAUAAAACCGAGGUAUGAGCACUAGUGUGUAUAUACAUUUUUGUUUUGGAUUAUUUUGGAGUAUAUCAUACAUUAUACAUUAUACACUGUGUAUAAUGAACCCCCAGGAACUUAAAGGUGGGGACCCUCUCCACUCUCUUGAGUUGAGUUGUAUAAGUUGAAACAAAAAGGUGAAAAUCAUCUAAAUGUGGCGCUUUUCUUUAUGUGGCUAAAUACUUUUUGCUGCCGCUCCGAUCCACAGCAGUACUAAAUAUAUAUAGACUAUAUUAAAUAUAUACCCCCCCCACACACACACAGGGUUAGACUACGUUACUGUGGGACUUCAGACACGCAGAAACCCUCAGCUCACCUGGGAAACAACAUUCCGAAGUUAAAACAUACUUUGACCAGAAUUUAAAUGUUGGGAUUUAAGAUUAGGUUCUCAAACAACUUUUCCCCGGAGAGGCACGACACCUGCUCGUCCUUCAAGUCAAAGGUCACGUCAGCUGUUAAACCCUCCUCUCUGAUUUGUCGUUUAUAUCUGACAUCAUUUAAAGCAGUUCAGGAUUUUUCACCAAAAAACAAAGAGACGAAUGUGUUCACUGUAAAAAUAAAUAAUUUGAAGUUAAGCGUGUAAAUACAAAAACCAUGUGUGUGUUUUAUUCUCUUCGUGUCAUUGUUAUUAAAGCUGCAUUUAAUAUUUAAUACAUCAACAUCUUUAUUACUACUUUAUUCUCCAUAUAUGUUGGAUUGUGUUUCUUGUAUGUUUAGCUGCUGUAAAUUAUUAAAAAUGUUUUAAUUGGAA